UUGGGGGGGGAAGUGAAGAGCAACGUAUUCUGUGCCACUUGUUGUUUGAUUUUUGGAGGAGGCUGAUUUAGACACAAAAAGGAAUGUUUGUUAUUUCUCAUGUUGCAGAGAGGACGAUAAAUGAAAGUAUGUCCUAACACAUCGACUCCAACGCAACGCAGCUCACAGAGGAAGCUGCCGACAACAUGCACUGAAGUGAAGGAAGCAGCAGCUCGGUCAGAAUCUCUGAGAUGUGCUCCACCUCUGCUCUGCCACUGCCACAUUAACCAGAGCCGGUGGAGUCGGUGUGACGGGUGAUAAGCGGAGCAGCUCGGUCUGGAUGUGAGGAGAACUCUGCCGACAGGAAGAGAUGCGAAGAGUUCGGAGAAGAGGAGGGAACAAAGAGAAGGUGUUUGGAUGUGAUCUGCUCGAGCACCUGAACGCCUCCUCUCAGGAGAUUCCUCAGGUCUUACGAUACUGCAGUGAGUUCGUGGAGCAUCAUGGCAUCGUGGAUGGAAUCUACAGGUUGUCUGGAGUGUCGUCCAACAUCCAGAAACUCAGGGGGGAGUUUGAGAGUGACGGGAGCCCAGACCUGAACAAGGAUGUGUAUCUGCAGGACAUCCACUGUAUCAGCUCUCUGUGCAAAGCUUAUUUCAGGGAGCUGCCGAACCCUCUGCUCACGUACCAGCUGUACGACAAGUUCGCUGAGGCUGUUGCCAUCCAGUUGGAGGAGGAUAGGCUGGUGAAGAUAGGAGAUGUGCUGAAGGAACUACCACCACAACAUUACAGGACUCUGGAGUUCCUGAUGCGUCACCUUGUCAAAAUGGCUUCAUAUUCCUCAGAGACCAACAUGCACUCCAGGAACCUCGCCAUCGUCUGGGCCCCCAAUCUGCUCAGGUCAAAGGACAUUGAGUCGACUGGGUUUAACGGCACGGCAGCCUUCAUGGAGGUCAGGGUUCAGUCCAUCGUCGUGGAGUUCAUCCUCACACACGUCCCUCAGCUGUUUCCUGAAGAAGAUGAAUCGGAUGAGAGAAGGAAGUCCCUCCCCUCUCCAUCAACAGCGUCCAAUCAGGAUGAACUGUUUCUGAAGUCUGUUCCCCCUCGGCUUGUCGCCAACUAUGGGAACAUCAGUCCAGGAGACGGCCCACCAUCCAUCAGACCCUACCAUGCAAUCAUAGAGGGAACAGACAAGAGGAAAGGAUCUCUGAAGGGCAGGAAGUGGAUGUCCAUCUUCAACAUCGGAGGACGAUUCCAAGACACACGGAAACGACACAAACACUCAGCUAAAGAGAAAGACAGACCUUCUAUGAGACCAGCAAGAAGCAUGGACUCCCUCAGUAUCCAGUCAUAUGCAAAUGAAGGUUCCAAACAUCCUCCCCAACCCCCUCCCUCCACCGACAUGUCUCCCCUCGUCACCUCCUCCCCACAGCCGGGCUCAGAGGCCGCGGCACCUCCUGGUGGAAUGGGUGGCAGUGAAUACGCUGUGACGUACCGCAGAGGAACAGGGUUAGUGAGCGGGGGGACCCAGGGCACCUACACUGCUCUCGACCCUGAGGGCUUAGAGGGUCUCCAGUCCAGAUCCCCGGGUCUCUCGGCCAAAGCAGGACGAAGAGCGGCCAUGCACAUCACAGGGCCCACCAUGGUUACUGUGCCACUACACAUCACCUCCGGCCUGGCAUUGGGGGUGCUGCAAGGGCGCGGGAGCGACCGGGUCAUCCAUCGUGGCAGGGAUAAGGAUGGAGGGGACAGGGUGGAAGGAAAGGAUGGAGAAGGAAAAGGGGAGAGGAAGCAAAUCAAGAGGAUGGAAAUGAAGGUGGAGGGAGGCAGGAAGGUUAGAAAGGAGGAGACAGACAGGGGAGGAGUUGUGGACGUGGUGGAGAAAACAGUGGUGGCAGGUAGUGUUGGCGAGGAGGAGGGUGAAGGAGCAAAGGCGGAGAAGGAGGAAGAGGACAGAAAAGGUUGUAGACGGAAGUCGGAGCUGGUGAUGGUUGGUCGAAGUGUGUCCAGAGAGCAACUAGUCAAAAGCCUCAACUCCAACACAGAUGAUGAAGAUGCAACAAGAAACGACCAACAAGACGACAGGAGCAGUGACUACAUGGAUAUGAAAUGUAUGGAACUGGCUGAUCCUCAUCCAGAGGUGACCGAGCCUGAAGAUGUUCGUUUUUUCGAUGCGUCCGACAUCCUGAACUCGACCGUGGCGGAGGGAGACGACCAGGUGCUGUCUGGCUACGUUCAGGAUAACUUUGAAUUCCUGGACCACAUGGACUGCUGCGCCAUGGACCACAUGGACAGCAGCAACUCAUAUCAGGUGCACGAGUUCUCCGUCGAGCCUCCUGGUCACUCAGAUGACGAGUAUGAAGUCAUGGUUCAAGCUGAGCCUCCCCUGGAUCCUGCAGGGCAACAUGUGCACCUGCAGCCGGACCCCGAAACACGCACCCGGAGUCAAACCGUGUUCAAACCACACAGGCCGCUGAGCCUCGACCUGCACAGCCGACACACUAAAUCCCUCAGCCUGCCUUAUAUGACCUCUCCUGUCCACGGGCCGGACGAGUCCUGCUCUGAAGAGGAGGAAGAGGAGGAAGACCACAGUGAUGAGGAUGAUUACAGCAGUGAGGAGGAUGGAAGCAUGUUUGUUAAAAGCCUCCCUGCUGAUUUCCUUUUAAACAAUCUGAGCAGGUUUGAACUGGACACUGAUAACGUCAGAAGACUUCCUGUUGACCAACCGCAAAGCUCUGAGGAUUCUGAGGUGUCGCACUCUAAAGAACCGACCCCCGGAGACCAGGAGCGAGAAGAAGUGAUGGAUGAAGAGGAGGGAGAAGGAAAACAGAUAGUGAAGAGCGAAGAGGAAGAGGAAGACCAUCAACAAGAAGAUCAACCAGAAAAACAAAGCUUGGCAGCAGAAGAAGAUCCCGACAUCACAGGGGACGUUCAAAGUGACAAAGAAAAGUCUUGUGAUUCCGAACCCUCAACAUCCAGCUGUGAGAAGACGGAGAAACUCAUCACUAUCGAGGCUGAGGAGGAGGAGGAGGAGGAGGAGGAGGAGGAGGAUGAGGAAGAGGAAGAGGAGGAGGAAGAGGAAGAGGAGGAGGAGCAAGUGGAUGAUAAUCUCCCCACUGAUUUUCCACCUUGUCACACAGAUUCCUGUUCCACACAGGAGACUGGUGAUGGUUGGUUAGAGGAGACUGGGGGACAUCCUGGAACCUGUGAUGAAGAGGAGACAAAAGAAAAACACACUGACGAGGCAGAGGACAGGAGGGUAGAAAAAGAGACAGAGACGACAUGUCAAGAAAUGGGUCUGGAGAAAAAACAAGAGGAUGAGAACCUGUUGGAAAACCCUACUGAAGAGGAUGAAGAGGGAACAGCUGACGACGAAGAAGAGAAACAGGAAGGUGGCAGAGAGGAGGAUAGUGUCAUUAGUAGCAGAGAAGUUUGGGAGGAACUUGAGGAUGUCGUAUGUGAAGUGAUUGAGGAAAGUGAGAAGGUUCAGAGGGAAGGAGAGAGAGCUAGAGAGCAGGAGGAGCAGGAGGAGCAGGAGCAGCGGAAUGUGAAGGGAUCAGGAGAAAAAAGAGAAGAAGAGGAGGAAGGAGGGACAAACAAGACAGAAGAUAGAAUAGAGGUAGAGAAGCUCACAGAGAUGCACCGAGAGUCUGAGGAGAAAGAGACGAGUAAACUUCAGGUGAAGAACGCAGCCAUUGAAGAGGCUCAGCAUCACGACAGAGAAGACGAGGCCACAAGAGAGACAGAAAACAGGACAAACGAUGAUGAGCAACGUAGAACAACUCCAAACGCCAGGUCUGAUGUUAAAACACUCAAGUGUGAGGAGAGUGACAGAAGCCGAGGAGGAGGAGGAGGAGGAGGAGGAGGAGUUGGAAGGAAGCUGGUUAUCUCCAAACACCCAAAGGUUUACCAGGCGAGAGCUGUGCCGGUCGUGCCCCCGAAGCCUCAGCACUGCAAAUUGACCGCCAUGACCCUCCGGCAGCAGCAGCAGCAGCAGCAACAUCAGCCGCAGCAUCAGCCGCAGCAUCAGCCGCAGCAUCAGCCGCAGCAGCAGCAGCAGCAGCAGCAGCAGCAGCAUCAGCCGCAGCAUCAUCAUCAGCAGCAGCAGCAGCAUCAGCCGCAGCAUCAGCCGCAGCAUCAGCCGCAGCAUCAGCCGCAGCAUCAGCAGCAUCAGCAGCAUCAGCAGCCACAGAGAGAGCGUAGAGGCGCAGAGGGAGGAGGAGAAAACACACCGAGAGUCCAGCCGGAGCAGGAGAGGGUCAGUGCAGGGGAACAGGGGAAGGACGGAGUGAGGAGGGAGAAGGAGAUGAGGAAGGACGGGGAGGACACGAGCAGAAACAGUCCCGUCAGCAUGUGUUUCGAUGAGGCUGUUGCCAUAGCAACCAUGAGGCGAGAGAAGGAGAGGGGGAGCGAGAAGGAGAGGUCGAGGGACCGGGGGGGUGAAGUGCUCUGAGCCAGUAUCGAGAUUUAAACAGAUUUUUACGGGUUUUUAGUUUUUUUUUUACAUACGACAUAAAAGUUUGUCACAUUCUUUUACUGAAUUCUGUUUAUUUCAAUACAAAUUACAACAGUAUUGACUGUCUGAUGAUGUUUGAGUGGUGUUUCUGACACAAACUAACUUUAAUGUGCAGCCAGAAAACUUGUAGGUGUUUUAAAUAUUGGGGUAAGAGAUGGGGGGGGGGGGACGGACGGACAGUCAGGGACAUGCAUCAAAGGUCCCUGACUGGUCUCAACUUGGAGCUUCUGCAAUUAUAUGGUCGUUGUCUUAAACCACAAGGUUUAGAAUAAAUGAAUAACUGCAGUUACCUGAUAUUACGUUGAUUAAAAUAUAGAAACUUGUAGCAAACACGUGAGUGAGACGAGAUUAAAGCUGAAGUUCUGCCAUAACAUGUUAGAUAUGAAAUAUUCUACAAACCAUCUGGAUAAAUUGUUAUUUUCUUAAUAUAUUUAAAUCCCAAACUUUCAUAGCGUCUUUGGAAAACAGAACAUCGCACCAUUGGAUAACUCAAAUUAGAUCAGAAGUAAAUAUUUGAAACUCAAAUCUAACUCCUGUUAGCACUAGUUAUCUAAUUAUACAAUACUUUGUAAUUAUAUAAAGUAUAUGUAUAUAUACAGUAUAUCUAUAUUUAUGUAUACUGUAUUUGUAUAGAGAAAAUGCCAGAAAGUUAAAUGGUAAAUUUGAAAGAGUGGGGAUAAUGGAUGGAAUGUAUCAUUUAAGAUAAAUAUGAUGUCUGAAGAAAUGUGUUUGGAUUAUGUGAAUAAACUGAUGUUUUCAA